GCGGCUCCCCAGGGCGGGCAAGGGAGCGGGGCCGGUCCCGGCCGUGUCCCCUCCCCGCGCCGCCCCCGCACCGCUCCGCAGUGCUGCCGGCGGAGCCGCGCUGCGCCGAGCCCAGCCCAGCCCAGCUGAGCCCAGCCUAGCCCGGGGGGAGAGGCUGGCGGUGCCGCGGCCCCCGGCCCGGCGGGACCCCGGCCCAGCCUGGCUGAAAGCACCAGGUUACCUUUGUUGACAUCGCUGCUACCUGAGAGCACGGGCAGACGAGCAAAGUGAUUGACUUCCCCGGCGUGCCGUGUCGGUGCUCAUCAGUGCUCAUCGGCGGAGCACUGGUGUGCCCAAACUCGCUCUGCUUGUCCUUGCGUCCCCUCGGCAGCCAGCAAUGACUGACGCGGUGGUGGGCGGCAGCUCUGACCGGUGGAUGUGCCCCGGCGACAGGACCAUGUCUCUCCGGGCCAGCAGCGAGAAGGAGCAGCUCCCCGCCGGCUGGGCAGCACGGGGUGGCCAGCCAGACCGGCAGCGCAAGAGUGAGGAGCUGACAGACGAGGAGAAGGAGAUCAUCAACCGAGUCAUCGCCCGGGCCGAGAAGAUGGAGGAGAUGGAGCAGGAGCGCAUCGGGCGACUCAUGACCCGGCUGGAGGACAUGCGCCGGAGCGUGCUGGGGGACGGGGUGAACCGCUGCAUCCUCUGCGGGGAGCAGCUGGGGCCGCGGGGAUCCGCCUGCGUUGUCUGCGAGGACUGCAAGAAGAACGUCUGCACCAAGUGCGGGGUGGAGACCACCAACAGCCGGCCCCAUGCCAUCUGGCUCUGCAAGAUCUGCAGUGAGCAGCGGGAGGUGUGGAAGCGCUCCGGUGCCUGGUUCUUCAAGGGUUUGCCCAAGCAAGUGCUGCCCCAGCCGAUGCCCGUCAGCAAGAACAAGGGACCCCAAGCCCCGAGUGAGCCCAGCCCAUUGGAGCCACCCACCCAGGACCCAAAACUCCUCUCCCGUGCACCCACCCGAGGCCAGGCGGACGCCGGGCCCCCGGCCGAGCAGGACUCUGAUGGCAGCGAUGCGACAGCAGCUGCCCAGGGGAACUACAUGGCGCCCGGUCGCAAGCCAGCCGAGGGCAGGCUGGGCCCGGGUGGCAGCGAGUACGCCGGCGGGGACGCUGACAGCCGCGACCAUGCUGCUGAGAGUGGAGUCAGCAGGAGCCCUGGCGUGAAGCGGACCAACUCCCUGCAAGCCCCACGGCCACCCCCGCCAGCCGCUGCUGGCCCCACUCCUGCUCCUGGUCCAGCAGCACCCCCAGCGCCGCCAGCAGCGGGAAGACCGGGUCCCGGGGCGGCUGGCCGGUUCCCAGAGAGACAAGCGAGCCCACCACUGGGACCCCUGGAGCCAGCCCGUGCUGCCACCAGGGAGGAGCGAGGAGGGGGCUACACCGUGCCCCCCGCCAGAGAGGAGAGGCCAGCCCGUCAGCCCCCCACCUUCCCACAGCCCCCUGCCAUCCCCCCGGUGCCUGCUGCACCGCUGCGGCAGCCGCCCCAGGAGGAGGAGGAGGAGGAUGCCAACAGCUACGACUCUGAUGAAGGCACUACGCUGGGAGCGCUGGAGUUCAGCCUGCUCUACGACCAGGAGAACAGCUCCCUGCACUGCACCCUCAUCAAGGCCAAAGGUUUAAAACCAAUGGACUCAAACGGCCUGGCAGAUCCCUAUGUCAAACUGCACCUCUUGCCUGGAGCCAGCAAGUCAAAUAAGCUGAGGACGAAGACGCUGCGCAACACCCGUAACCCUGUGUGGAAUGAGACCCUGGUGUACCACGGCAUCACAGAUGAGGACAUGCAAAGGAAAACCCUCAGGAUCUCUGUGUGUGAUGAAGACAAAUUCGGCCACAAUGAGUUUAUUGGAGAAACUAGAGUUUCCUUGAAAAAACUCAAAGCCAAUCAGAAAAAGAACUUCAACAUCUGCUUGGAGAGAGUAAUACCAAUGAAGCGUGCUGGAACGACUGGCUCAUCCCGUGGGAUGGCACUGUAUGAAGAGGAGGUAGAUCGUGGCGGGGAUGUGGAGGAGCGUGGGAAGAUCCUCGUCUCCCUUAUGUACAGCACCCAGCAGGGCGGCCUGAUUGUCGGCAUCGUACGCUGCGUGCAUUUAGCAGCCAUGGACGCCAAUGGAUACUCAGACCCUUUUGUUAAACUUUGGCUGAAACCUGACAUGGGAAAAAAGGCCAAGCACAAGACACAGAUUAAGAAGAAGACAUUGAAUCCUGAGUUUAAUGAGGAGUUCUUCUAUGAUAUAAAACACAGCGAUCUGGCCAAGAAGUCACUGGACAUUUCUGUCUGGGAUUACGACAUCGGAAAAUCAAAUGAUUACAUUGGAGGCUGUCAGCUCGGCAUUACAGCUAAGGGGGAGCGCUUGAAACACUGGUAUGAGUGUUUGAAGAACAAGGACAAGAAGAUUGAACGCUGGCACACCCUCCAAAAUGAGAAUCAUGUUGCCAGUGAUUAAAGGGAGCCGCUGCCCAAACCUCCCCAAACGGCCCAUCCUCUGCCAAGCCCCCUGUAGAUCUCUGAUGUCUGUCUUCCAGCACAGUCAUGCCUUGCUACACGCCUCUGGUCCCAGGGCAACAACACUCUUCUGCCUCCAAGCAUCCUCUGUGCCCUGUCCUCACUUCCACCUGAAAACUAACCCAGAUCUUUUAUAUUCACUUCCUUUUUUUUUUUGGGGGGGGGGGGGGGUGUCAUUGACUUAUCCUGGUGUGUAAUUUUGUCAAGCAAUAGUUACCCUCUGACUGUUCCUCUUUCUCACUAGUCUCACGCACGCCGUGAUUGCGUUCCUGUUGUGUGUGUGAUGCUCUGUGUUCCUCCAACCUCCGCUUGCGUGCCUCGUCCCAUUGCCACCAGCUUGUGGCUCCUUUAUCUCUCAGUGGGAUGUGUGGCCACCAGGCCGGCCGUGCUCUCCUCCGGUGUGGUGGGGGGGGGCUGAGUGCUGGUGUCGGAGCAUCGGCCUGUUCUGCUUGUGUGAUAUCGAUACCUCAGUUGCAAUAAUGAAAAAGCUGUUUGGCUUUGGUGUGGGUCGUAACCGUAGUCUGGUAUUUGUGUUGUCGUGAUUAGGCUAAAGCCUGUGUCACUGAUGUAAUCCUGCGAGUCCUGCUUGAGCUUUAGUUCUGAUUUGGUACACUUGAGUAAUAUUGUGGUACAUCCUUUGCUGAGAAGAUCCACCAGUAAAACAGUAACAAUAACCAGAAAUAAGGAGCCACUCUGUGCUCGCAGGGAAACAGAGAUUUGGGUUGGUUUGUGUUUGUUUCCAGCCUCCAUGUGCGGUUCCUUUUACCUGAGGAACUCACAUGCUCCGUUGCUGUAGGAGCACACCCAUGUUUCAAGCUUGUGACUACCUCCUCUUCCCAUCCUACCUGUGUAGUAGUGACUAGCUGAACCCCAAGGGCAGUCCUUGGGCCUUCCUCAGACUAUCCUUUCUGUUGCCAACUGUUUGCCGUGCCACAUGCAGGAGGGAAGCCGAGGGAGAAGAUACUUCCCACCAACUAGCUGAUGUGUGCAAGGAUUAUUGCUUUAAAAUAGCACAAAUACUGAGAUUAGCUGGAACAGUUAGAGGUCUUCCAAACUUUGGGUUUGGUGUGUUUUUUGGUGGGGUUUUUUUUGGUUUGGUUUUGGGUUUUUUUGGUUUGUUUUUGGGUUUUGGUUUUUUUUUUUAGGAAUCUGCACAAGAACCACUGUUUUCAACCUGAGCUUUAAUGAUUGUCUGGAGGUGUUUGAUUUGUCCUCGAUAGCAGGAGAGUCAAGAUGCUCUCAGACUGAUGCUGAUCGGGUUUGGUACCAUUUGCUGUCUCUGGACAACCUCAAGCAUAGCGAUGUCGAUAGCAGCACACUAAGCACUACUGGAAUAUAUUAUCAGUCAGCUACACACUGCGCAUGUUGUAUGAAACCUGAACCCCAGCCCCUUCGGUUCACGCUGUCGUCCCAUGACUUCCCUUGCAACCCACUGCCGUAGUCUGCUGGCGUGCUGUCUUGUGGCGUGUUCUCAAUUCAGCUGUACCGCAGAGCUGUUUCUUUUGAAUUGGAUGAGUUAUUUUCCUGUUCUUGAUUAUAUAUUUAUUUAUUUAUUUAUUUCCCCAACCUUCCUCCAGCAGAAUUUGCUCUGAGUGCUGACUUGCAACGAGCAUCUCUGCAGGGCUGUGACUUAUGCAGCUGGUGGGGCUGCGUGCUGAGGGAUGCCAACGUCGCUGCGUGAUGCUAACCUCUCUGCAUGGCGAGCGAUGCUGCUGGUGUGGAGCAGACCUCCCCCAGCUCAGGGCUUGCAAGUUCAAAGAGGUCUCCUUUCCCCCCCCAGCCCUGGCUGGGUGCUGCCAGCAACUUGUAGCCAGUUCUCCACCAGGAGACACCCUUGGACCACAGAUGGGGAAAGCAAACCUAAACCAGCGUGGGCAUCCUCUGUGCCAUUCAACCGGAGCUGGGGUAGGUCUUCCAUCACCCCAGCCUCUGUCCAGUGGCAUGGCCACUGAGAUGGGAGCUGCUCGGGGCAUGAUGCACAGAAGAGUGCAAUGGGAGAGGGCACUCUGAAAAUGGCUUUCCUCUCCCUUUCAUGAAGUUCUUGACUCUGCACCAGUAAGUGCAACGUCCUGGAGGCCCUGAGCCACGCUGCCCUCGGUGCAGGCUGUACAGAAGACCUAGACUGAAGCAACCUGGUUGUUUUGGAUUGUUUCCCUCUGUGUCCCGUGCUGCCCUGUGCAGCCAUGACUGAAAACUUGCUGCUCUGGGCAGAGGUGGUUAGGCUCUGGGAUGCUGCCGUCAUCCCUUCCGGAGUGAUGGACCUGCCCAAAACCUUUGCACGGCCCUUGUCUAUACCUCUCGGAGCAGUAGAUGGGCACAGUGUACUUCUGAGCUGUGCUGGGGAAAUAUGUGUCUGGGUAUGAAAUUAUGUUUAAGAGGAAAAAAAAAAAUCUGAGCAAUUCCUUAAUUUAUUCCAGACCUGUAGCAGUCCAGCCUCCUUUGUGUGUGCAGAACAAUUAAAUUACAGUUGCCUUUACCCAUGUCCUCUAUUGACAUUCUCUGCUCAGCCUGCUUUCCCUUCAGACAAAUGAUACUCAAAUAAUCUCUUUGCACCCAUAAAAAUAAAGUGCAACUUGCCGAUCUCCCUUUUGCUAUUGUGCAAACCACAGUCCUGUCUCUGUUUGCCACCCUCUUCUCAGUUUUUCUGAUGGUAAUUUCUGCCCUGAAUGACUUCUUUUUGUUGUAAAUAAAGCAUGCACUUAUGGAUUGGGAAUGGUGGAAAAAAAAAAAAAAGCCUCUUCUACUGCUGUUUGCAUUCAAACUUGCAUGCAGUGAUUUUACAGCAAAAUAUCAGUUUACAACUAUUAAGAGAAAAAGAAAAUGUUACACAGGAACUAGAAAUACUCCAGUCUUCCGCUGCAUGCAGCACAACAUCCUCUCUUGAUGUGGUAUCUAAUAAAGUGAGACUAUUGGAAAAGAAAAAAAAACAACAAAACAAAA